AUGAGCACAAUGAAGAACCCGAUUAACGAACUUUACGACGUGCUGCAUCUGUUUUGUCUUUCCCUACAGUUGGACAUCAUUUGUUGUCAGGCGGCUCAGAUGAUCAGCGAGCAAAGGAAUGAAAACAUGGCUGUUGACGAAUACGUCCGUGGACAGCGGCUGGUCAUUACCUACUGGAAGGACCACAUUUACACACCCGGCCCGAAACAACAAAAUGAGCUAGAGACGGCGAAGUCGGUUCCAAUCAUCAACCAUAAGCUCAUCAUAUACACUUCACAAGAUGAUCCUAACAAGCCUCUUCAGGUUCAGCAUAUGCCCAAGUCUGACCUUCUCGAUUUGCCGACUUCGAUCAGUUGCCAGAAGCUGUCGCUAGAAAAUCUUCUCGCCGAUACUGUUUUGGUGCGCAUAAGGCACCGCUUGCAGCAACUGAAAGAGCGCAUCGAAUUCUGCUUGGGGAUAGAGUGCGAAAUCGUCGGCCAGUUGCCAUCUUUGCUCGUGCAUCUGGUCGACCCCUGCACGAAAACUGAAAUUCUGUUCAUAGUGAUUAAUUUCUUUACCGGUCGCUUCAUUUCCGACGUGCCAGUGAUGAGUAUCGAAUUCAUUUUUUGUGUUAAUAUUUCUUCCAUUUUUGAUUUAUGGCCGUUGUUUUCAGAGCACAACCCAGUGUUCGACGAACUCGAUCGUAUGCUGAAUCGCGCAGCAUGGGCAGGAUUGAGGAGUGCCUUUGUCAACUUGAGGACACUUAUCGUAAUGAGCAGGUGUGGACGAAUGGCCAGUUUCCUGCCAUUCCGUAUUACUGACAGCCUGCCGAUCGUCACCGAGCCGUUCAUCGCUAAAGUUGUGUCGGGUCAUCACCUUUUCCUUCGAUUCCUGCGCUACGACGGCUUUUACAUGAUUCUUGAAUUCAAGCAGGAGAACGACGGCAGUACGAGCAGUCAUUACUACCUCUUCACGAGUUCGUCGGCUGACGCACUUUCGUUGCUUUUUCCAAAGGCUCGCACGGCUGGCAGUGCGUGCGAAAUUCUCAAACCUGUCAAUCUCAUAAAGCUGGACCCCGCAGCAAUUGCCCGUGGUGGACGUCGGUCAUCUGUGGUUAAAAUACAUAACGCCAGCGCCGAUUACGUUACUGACUUGGCCGUUGUGUUCACUGUCUGUGAGCAGAGAAUCCCAUUUUUCAUGCUUAUCGAGGCACUGAACAGCAGAGGGAUAAUCUUUCAGACAUGUGAAGAUGAACAGGAAGGCUGUAUGAUUUUGUACAUCAUUGGGUUCACGAUGAUCUCCGGCAUCAAGCGACAUGUGUUCGAUAAAUUUUGGGACACGGUGCUGUCUUGCUUCGUUCGGCUAACCAACGACAAAAACCGAUUGCACUGGACAUUCGAAUGCGUGUUCUCAAACGUGCCGUUGCAAGGUAUUCGUCACGUAGCUGCGGCGGGUGGCGGUGAGGCGUCGGCGGAUCAUACCAAAAUGAUCGUGCUCAAUUACCGCGUGAACGCGGACAACGCAUUGAAGUGCGUUGAUGAGUUUUUGAACUCGAUGCACACGUUUGCGUCGUUGUACGAGCCGGUCAGAACAUAUACGUACUACAAGCUGACCCUCGGCUACGGGCCGAACAAGUCGUUCGCGGUUACCGUUCAGUGGCGACACACUGAACGGACGUUCGUUCUCACUUUUGGUGUUUACGACAAGGCCGGCGCGGCUGCAGUGGACACCAAUCCGCACUGUUGGAUGUCGCACCACCUGCAGCAGAUGUUCAAUGAACGCAGGGACCUGAUCUACCUAUCUAAAUUGCUGCACGAGUCGAUCAGCGCACUGGUGGCCCUGCAACGACUACCGGACUUGCUCGUGCAUGGGCUGACCGACCAUCAGGGCCAGUUGAUUGGUGUCGGACAUUUGUUCUGCGUCAUUCCUGUGAACAUGACCACCGUCCAUGUUAUUUACAAAUGGCUUUUGUGCCUGGAGGUGGUGUUUCUUUCCGGCGACGUUGUUGGCUUGCGUGAUUGCGGCGCUUUGACUCCCGUUUCGUCACCGAAACAUUCGGCGAGGUAUUUGCCCAUCGUUGGCUUUAAGUCUUUCCUGAGUCUGCACGAGAAACUGGACAAAUGUGCUCAAAAGAUGCAGCAGCAGUCCUGUUACGACGCAGAACAGAAGUCACCAUACAUUCACGGCGAAUUCACGGAUUCUUUGACGAGGUGCUAUCUCGACAAUAAGACUUCAUCACCGGCGUCUUUUCCGUUGCCUUCGUCCGGUAGUGUAAUCGGUCAGACGCCAGCUGGCGUUGCAUUUGCCGUCGCUUCCGCCAUGCCACCCGUGAUGUCCCCGGCAGUGGUCACAUCGUCGCAAAACGUUGGCAGUUCGAUGUCACCUUCGCCGUUGUCGCACUCCGGCGUUGGCCUUCUCACCCCUUCGCCGGCUCCUGCGUCAAACAGCAGCUUGCUGAUGAGCCUCUCUCCAAAUUCGUUCUCUCAAACCAGUCCGACUCCGGUCACAACGCAGCCCGUUCUCUCACCGGCUACCACCGCCUCGCCGUUCGCCGUCAUACCAUCUGUACAACCGGCACCUGGAUUGAUCGCAGGUUUGUAA